AUGGCGGCAGAAGGAUUAAAACAAUUUGCAGCUGUGAUCUCUUUGAUUGACCAGCAAUCCCCUUAUGAAGUGGCAUGGUCUUGGCAAAAGGAACAUUGUACAAGGCACAUAUUGAAGAAGGAAGGAGAUUGUAAUGACACCCUUAUUAUUCUACAACACCCUCCUGUGUAUACAUUUGGGCAGCUGCUAGUACCUUGUGGAGAACUCAAGUUUGACAUGAAAAAUGCUCCUUUUAAUAUUUAUGCGGCACUGAGUGGUGGAGAGGUUACAUACCAUGGGCAUGUACAGUUAGUUAUGUACCCAAUUAUCAACCUCCGAUCGCACAAGAUGGAUCUUCAUUGGUACCUUAGGACUCUUGAAGAGGUUUUCAUUCGAUUGUUCUUUUCUUCAACAUUUUCAAUUCAGGCUUCUACACGUGAAGGUUUAACUGGUGUUUGGGCAGGAAAUGAAAAAUGGCAGCUGUUGGCAUUAGAGUGGUCUAGCUGGAUAACCUAUCAUGGCUUGACACUUAAUGUCACAACAGAUUUGUCUCCCUCAAGGAUCAUCCCAUGUGGAAUUCGGAACCGUCAGUAG